GAUUGCGCGUCAGCUCUCAUUGGCUGUGGGUGAUAAUCGGUCAACAAGAGGAGCGGAGGGAGGCAGGAGGUUCAACAGGACAGCAUGUUUACAGCUACGUAACACUCACAAUUAGCUCCUCUGGACGCUUUUACUCGCUUUUAUCUGAUUGUGUUUUUUGUCUCGGAGGCUUAAUAGAGCUGGUUCCGGGGCGGUCGUCGACACCAUGUUUCUGUGCCGCUCUGGGAGGCUGUCUGCAGCGGCUCUGGAUCAGGCUUUCAGGUCCACCGGCUCGUUUCUGGAGCAGCAGGUCAGAGCAGACAGACUGAGGGACGUCUCCAUGACGUUACGCAACAAAGGUUACGCGUUGCUGCGUUACCAGCGUUACCAGCGUUACCGGCGUUUCUGCGUAUCUCUUGUGCACCUGGAGAAACAACAACAACAACAACAACCUGACCGGCAACCUGUCCACUCAGCGCGUGCUUUCCACCGGCUGUCUGCUAUAGCGGUGAAUCUCUCCAGACGCGUGCAGAGUGAAGGCGGUCAUGUAGAUGUUAUCACGCAGCAGCAGCUUGGCAGCAGAGGAGGACAGAAAGUGGGUUAUGGUUUGUUUACAGGUGACUGCUGGGGGGUUUACAGUCCACUCUUCUCUUUCUCCACGGGGACAAUGCAGACCAGAGGCUUAUCCACGAGGAAGAGCGAGGAGGAGACUGCUAACAACAACAACAAAGGGGGUGAGCAGAAUUUAAAGGAGGCGUCUACGAUCUCCUCGUCUACAGCUAAGGCCCCGGGGGAGCCGGAGCCAGAGGGAGGAAAACCAAACAAGACGCAGCAGCUAAAGCAAGUCUUCAAGGAGUAUGGAGCGGUGGGAGUUUCCUUUCACAUCGCUAUCUCCCUCAUGUCCCUGGGAAUGUUCUACCUCCUCAUAUCCAGUGGGAUCGAUAUGGCGGCCGUGCUGUGCAAAGUGGGCUUCAGCGAGGCGGUCGUUCAGUCUAAAAUGGCAGCAGGGACGAGCACGUUCGUCUUGGCCUACGCCAUCCACAAGCUAUUCGCUCCGGUUCGCAUCAGCAUCACUCUGGUGUCCGUGCCUCUCAUCGUGCGCUACUUCAGAAAGACUGGUCAAUUUAAGCCACCCACACCUGCACCUUGAUGACCCUCCUCUACUCCUCUGCUGCCUCAUCAAGCAACAAAACAUGCUGACUGUUAAUAGCCAUAAUUAAAACGCCUGCAUAUAUCCUUACUCAUUUGCAUUCACAUAGAAAUGCCUCAUCUUUUCUCAGUUGCCAUUGUGAAUUCAGGUGAAACAUUUGCAGUUCCAGUUGCAGUAGAAUCAAUGUGUUCAAUUGUGUUAUUGUAGGAUUAAAAAGUCUGAAGUGUGACGGCUCUCUGAAAAAACAAGUGUAUUUGGAGUCAUGUUUCAAUAUGUGUGCAUUCCAAAAAACAGAAACAAAGGCUGAAAAAGCUCAUUUACUUAUUUACAAUCAGAGGUGUGAUCAGGGAUUUUAAGCUCUUUGAGUGGGUGGGUUUGUCUCUUAAUGCUGUGAAGGUUUCCCGUGGGGACAAGUGGAAAAAAGCUGAUCUCUCCUCCACUGUUCCCUGUUAGCUGACUAGGCCAUGUUCUGGUGUUGUGUGAAUCAGCAGAAUAAUUCAGGUUCUCUCUGUCUCCUACCUCGCUCCUCUCUCUAUCCUCACUUAGCUCACACUCUCCUACGCUCUGUUUGUAUUUUCUGCUGUUGUUUUGCUUCCCUGCUAUUUUUCUCCUCAACACCUCUCCUGGCAUCCAUUUUCCACUCUGUAUAUCCCUGUGCCUGCCUCUCGAUCUUCUCUCCCUCUCAUUCUUUAAUCUAGCAAAUGCCACUGCCCAAGCAGUAAUGCCGAGUACAUUAAUCUCUGAGUGAAGCUGAUUGUAGUUCAUAUGAAGAAUGUUGGUUUGUCAGGGUUUUUUUUCUGAUUGUAUGGACUCUAUUUAACUAUUAAAAGGGACGCUCUCUUUUAUAUUUGGUGUGGUUUUGUUAUGAAAUACCACCAUCAGCCAAUUAGGUUAUAUUUGACCACUUUAUUUUACCCUUUUUUAGUUUAAAGCUGCUAUAAUCAAUAUUUUUGUAUUAA